AUGGGGCAGCUGGCCCUGGCGGACGUGACUCGCCUGCUGCUGGACGGCGAUGACGGCGAUGCGGGUGAGGGGAAGGCGGGUGACAUGAGGGGAGGGAACAGCGAUGGAGGAGCAGCUGAGGGCGACGAAGGGAGAAAGGAAGGCGGGCAGUGGCAUGAAGGCGAGUUACGAGGAGGAGGCGGAAGGUGCAAGGAAGGCGAAGAGGGACAGCAGGGCGAGCAGGCGCCAUGGGCGGGUGGGAGCACAGCUUGGCAGGCAGCAGCCACAGCACCCACCACUGUGGCCGGCACGGAGCGCGCUGCUGCAGGGGUGGAGGGCAUGGCAGCAGCAGGUGGAGCGGACGACUGGCUGCACGACGACGCCCACUGGGACCUGCUCCCUCCCUUCUCCCUGCCGCCCCUCGCCCUCCCUCCCCUGCAUCUGCCCGCCUGCCCUACCAUGCAUGCCCCUCCAAUGCACCCUACCGUUCACAACCGCCUGGGGGCGGGGCAGCGGGGGAGUGCGGGCGAGGGCGCCGUGGGAGCGGCGGACCUGUCUCAGAUUGGCUCGUGCGGCGACCUGCUGGGCGCCGCUGGGGGCGCCCCCGCGCUGCCCGCCAGCCCUGGCCUCGGCGCCGCGUGCUGCAGCCCCGACGGCGCUGCGUGCGGGUCUGCACCCUCCUUCACUUCUCUCCUUUACAAUUGUUCUUUCCUUCACCUUGUCUUUCUUUCCGUGCCUCAUAUUCUCAUGCCGCUGCCCCCAUGGCCUCAUCACGUGGCCGACCAUCAUCGCCCCGUCCCCAUCGCUCUCGCACCCUCUCAGGUGGACAUGCCGGCCGCCAUCCCCGCUGCGGCCAUCUGCACGCUCUCCUGCGGCCACUGCUCCGCGCUCCUCGCGCUGCCCUCCAACGCCCUGCCCGCCAUCGCUCGCACGCGCUGCGCUCGCCUGCUCACACCGCCUCAUGGCGCCGGGGUGCACGUGGCAUCUGCCGCUGCUGGCGGGGGGCCGAGGGGGGCCCACAGAGGAGCGCUCAGCAAUGACGCGCCGCCAGGGGCGCUCGCCCCGCUGCCUGCUGGGCGCACUGUGCACGCGUGCGGUGAGGCGCUGGCAGCGCGUGUGGACUCCGUGGAGCGCACGUGGUGCGACGGCAGCCCCACAGCGGGUGACAGCGCCGGGCUGGCACGCACACCGCGCCGUGUGCUGCCUGCUGUGCCCCGUGGGGGCGAUAGCAUCGACCCACCCUCUUUCCCUUCUUUCUUGAUUCCUUGCCAAUCGUUCUCAUCUGCCCCUCUUCCCACCCCCCGGCAGCCACUCUUCCCGCGCAUGCACCUGCCCGCUGCGCUGCGCUGUGCCACCGGGCCAUCGCACCCCUCCCUGCCGCUCACGGCGGCCCACCUCACCGUCGCUGCUGAAUCGCAAGAGGCGGCACCGGGCAGCGAUGGAGGGGUGGGCGGGGUGGGGAGUGCGGCGGAGAGCAAGAGGGCGCAGCGGGCGCUGAGGAAGCGCGAGCGAGCCGCCACUCUCACUGGGUGUAAAGCAGUGGCGGGGGAGGGGUCAGAGGAGGUGGGUGAUGGCAGCGGGGAGGAGGAGAGGUGCAGGGGGGGAGAGGCGAGGGGUGGCAGGGCAAGCAGCAAGGCGGCAGGGAGGGACGGAGGGGCCCCUGUGAAGAGGCAUCGCAAGGCGUCCACCUACAACCUCUUCAUCCGGGAUGAGAUGAUGCGCCUGCGCGAGGCCAACCCAGACAUGGACCACCGCGAGGCCUUCAAGGAGGCCGCCAGGCGGAGUGCUCCCCGCAUUGUAUCUUCUCCCCACUGCUUCACAUCGCCCCUCUCCGCACUGACAUGGCCCUCCCCUCCCCUCACAUGCCGCCCUGCCAUGCUCCCGGCUGUGCAGUGGGGCAGUGCAGCGGAGAACGUGCGCGGCUCACAUGCGCUGGCAGCAGCAGCCAGGGCCAGGGCGCUGCUGCUCUACCCCAUGCACGCGGCCCCCAUGCACGCGCCCCCCAUGCACGCCCACGCCACACCCUGCAUGCCAUCCGCUGCUGCUGCCACUGCGGCUUCUCUGCCUGGCGCACCGGUGGGAGCAGCGGUGGAGGGUGGGGGGAUGGCGGGGCAGCAGCGUGUGCGGGAGGGGGGGCAGGGAGGCUGUGAGGGGGGCGAGGCGCAUGCUGGCAGUGCGGGCUUGGUGGCAGGGGUGCGGGGUGGUGGCAGGGAAGGGCGGUGGGUGGUGCGGGGUGAGCAAGGGGCGGGCGGGGCAGGGGCAGGUGAGGUGGCAGCAGCGGCAGAGAGGGUGGUGGCGGGGUGGUGGGGCGCUGGCUGUGGCGUGGACAGGGGGGCACGCAGUGAUGGGUGGGAGGACGGCGGCCAUGUUGAUGGACUGGGGUGUGUGCCCCUGGAGAUGGGGAGGGGGAGGCAUGGAGGCGGUUUGAGCAAUAUGGUGGGCGAGAGUCAUAUGCAGGCAGGCGGGUGGCACAUGGAGCAGAGGGAGGAGCAGGCAGGGGGUAUGGCGCACGGGCUGGCAGGCGAGGCAGCAGCAGCCCGUCCCCUGGAGCAGCACGUGUGGGAGGUGGAGCGCAGUGAGCAGCAGCAGGCGCCACCGGUGCUGCACAGCGAUGCGUACCGCCGGCUAGCUGCAGGCAUCAGCAGCAAGCUCAUGUCAUCCUGA